UUCGGUGUGGGUAGUGUUCUCAGUGUAGGCAAACCUGCUUGGUAGCAGCCAGUCGUAUAGCAACAGCAUCAGUGUAGAACUCACAGUGCCGUUCACCCGUUAGCAUAAAGGCAGGAAGGGAAAAUAGACCACAAACAAGCCUCACGAUGAAUCAGCCCGUCAGUUGUUUACCAGUGGCAGCCACGAAAAUGUCGAAGGCAAAGAAAGUGCUAGACGAGGCCCGAGAAACGCAGAAUCGGGAGAUCGAUUUGGUUGACAAGGGCAUUACCACCUUCGAGGAACUACCAGGAUUGCUAAAUAUGGGAUUCGUAACAAGAAUUACAUUGAGCCAUAAUAAGCUAAGAAUCGUUCCACCGGGAAUCGCGAAUCUGAUCAAUCUCGAAAUUCUUAACAUUUCUAAUAACCAGCUGGAGGAGCUUCCGCUGUCAUUGUCGUCUAUGCCAAAGUUGCGGAUUUUAAAUUGUUCCAUCAACCGUCUGAACACCUUACCCCGAGGUUUCGGGGCCUUUCCGGUGCUCGAGGUGCUAGACCUUUCGUACAACAACUUGAACGAGAAAAUUCUGCCAGGGAAUUUUUUCAUGAUGGAUUCGCUUCGAGCCUUAUACUUGGGUGAUAAUGAUUUUGAAUAUUUGCCCCCGGAGAUUAGGAAUUUAAAAAAUCUUCAAAUCCUGGGACUCAGAGACAACGACCUUCUGGAGCUGCCACGUGAAAUCGGGGAACUAUCACGUGUGCGGGAGUUACAUAUCCAAAACAAUCGACUCACCGUGCUGCCGCCAGAAAUCGCCAACCUGGACUUGCAGGGCCAGAAAUCGGUUAUGAAAAUGGAAGAAAAUCCCUGGGUUACGGCAAUAGCCGAACAGUAUCUGGUCGGAAUCAGCCAUGUGCUGGAGUACAUUAAAACCGAAGCUUAUAGAAUUUUGUAUAAUCGUCAUGUUUCGGUAGGAAAGUCCGGAAACCUCCCACCAAAGGCAGACAAAAGCAAGAAGGCUUCCCGAGCCCGUUCAUAAAUCAUAUAAAAAUAAUUGUUCAUUCUUUUUGAAUAUGUACUUCAAUCGUUGUACUUCUCCCGCCAAUAAUGUUUAAAAUUGUGGUAUUUUUUUAACAUGAGAGUGACUAAUAUUUUAAAAAUAUUCAUAGAUGCCAAAUCGCUAAGAUUUAAAAAAAAGUUCAUUACAAAGUGUCUUAAUCUUAACAUGCGUGUCUUAUUUAUGCACAAGUUUAUCCAACUAAUAAAUUAGGAAACCGUUUAUUUAACAAAAAAAA